AUGCACGCCCGAGACGCCACCGGCCGUCAGGUCUCUCUUUUAAACGAUGACCCAUACGCCAGCCACCAGUCAUACCACACGGCUAUCCACUAUCAAUCCACCGGCGACCAAUCGCCGCCGCCCCACACACCAGAACUCCUCCGUUCGGAUUCAUACGACUCCAACGCCAGUUACGAUGCCUACUCGCCGCUAACACCUAGUCUAUACGACUAUUCGUCACGACAGCUCUACGAUGACUACCUUCCUGACCAGCAAGUCGGCAUGAAACGCCCUGUCUAUGUUGCGACUAGUCGUUCCAAUUCAUACGAAGAUGAUAGCUCUGCUAGCUCAGCUGCACCCGAGAAGGCCGGCAAGCGAUAUCCCUGCCGGUAUCGUGAUAGUCACGGUUGUGAGAAGACUUUCACUACUUCGGGACACGCCUCGCGCCAUUCUAAGAUCCACACUGCCGAGAAGGCCGUUCAGUGCACAUACCCUGGCUGCCACAAGAAGUUCACCCGCGCAGAUAACAUGAAGCAGCACCUUGAAACCCACUUUAAGGACAAGUCAAGAUCUUCUGGGUCUUCCAAGUCUAAGAGUACAUCCCUAUCUUCAUCCUCCAAGCGUGGCUCGGUGUCUUCUAAAUCAUCAUGCUCUCACAGCAGCGCGCCGUCUCACGAAAUUCAAAUGUGGGAUUCGGACCAAUACGGUCCCGAUGCUUCACUUCCUUCCCCCGGUGGGGCUUGGGAUAUGCGUGGUCUCAACCUCCCACUUAUAGGCCGGCCCGGCGCAGCCAGAACCAGUAGCGGACUGGACGCACUGGCAGCAAUCGCUUGCCAAGAGGGUGCUUAA